AUACUCUGGUCUCCGGGGGGAGUGUCUGCCGUGAAUAACCGCUGAAUCCUCGCCCAGUAGCGGAUCAUCUCUCAUCCGAAGACCGCAGGAGGACCGUGACGGACGGGCCGGUGGAAAAAAAGACGGAAAGUAGUGGAAACUCCGCGUGGAUUAAAGACGAGACGAUCCCGAGGAGGAACCAUCAGGGGAACUGACUGGAAACUUUAAACAAAGAGAGCUGCUUAUCCGAGGAGGGAAAUUAAGCGCUUUCAGGAGCUGAAGUGGAGGUCUGACGGGAAUCAGGAGCUUUCACUGGAAUACUGAUUACACUGAGGAGUUUCGCAUUAAAUAAACUAUAAGAAUAAACAGUCUUGAAGGCGAGCUGCCCUAACAUGGAGCUCAAGUGGGCACUUCUUCUUCUGGGUUUUUUCCUGCGGUCUUGCGAAUCUGAAGGUUGCCCGAUAGGACUUCAGAAAAACAGGACGUGUGUUGAUGUAAAUGAGUGUGACACUGCAGGUGUGUGUGGUAAUAAUUCUCUGUGUAUAAACACACAUGGAAGUUACUACUGCACCUGCAUUGAAGGAUUUUAUUCAACCCCCCCAAAUUUCACAGCAGAUACAGGACAGUGUGAAGAUAUCAAUGAGUGUGUUCAGAAUGUAACCAGAUGUUCUGGUGAUAUGGAGUGUAAGAACAUCGACGGCUCCUAUAAGUGUGUGUGUAAAGACGGAUAUCGGGAGACGAGACUGGACUCGGCAUGUGCAGAUGAGUGUGUGUUCUCACCGUGUGGACUUCACAGCAGUUGUUUUAACACACUUGGCAGUUUCUUCUGCAAUUGUUCUUCAGGGUUUGAGAAACUUGAGAACGGCACGUGUGGAGAUAUUGAUGAGUGUACAGACAAGUCACAUAUUUGUGACAAAAACAGCGAAUGCAACAAUAUUCCAGGCAGCUACAUCUGCAAAUGCCACCGGGGCUUCACAAACUACGGAAACAACCAGUCCAAAUGCAUCGAGAUGAACUGCGACAACUUUAAGACAGAAACCGAAGCGGAGGAAAUGCCAAUAAAGCUGAAGGAGUUACUGUCGCAGUUGCGGAGCAGCUGUGAGGCUCUGGUCACUCCAGACGGAGAGCGCAAGACCGGAGAACAGUUGAUGGAGAAUCUGUUCACCUCCACUGAUGAUCUGCUGUCGGCGGGAAGCGUCGGUGAUGGCGAGACUCUGAGUGUUCUUCUGGAUACGGUGGAGAACAGCAUGCGUCUGAUUUGUCCUCAGCUGAAAGAGCCUGUGAUGCGGAUGGAGACACACAACACCUAUGCUGAGGUUGCAGUCACGCGCAAUCAGACUCCGCCUAGUGGGAGUGUCAUUCUGAGCACAGGCUCCGCCCUCUUCAACACCAGCUGGGAGACGGUUGUUGGGAAAUCAUAUCCAGGUUUUGCAUUUGUGUCACUGGUCAGUUAUAAAGAUAUGAAUUCAUCCAGCAAUCUAUUCCGCAAUGUGAGCAGAAAGAAAUCGGACAUGGAAGAAAACGUCACUCACAAACUCAACUCAAAGGUGGUGACGGUUGUCGUCAGUAAUCCAGACACCAAACACCUGUCAGAGCCGGUGUCGCUCAUCUUUACACAUGUGGAGGAGAGGGCGGAGUCUAAGGCUGUGGCUUAUAACUGUGUGUACUGGGCGGAGUCUGAGAGGGCGUGGUCUAGGCAGGGCUGUGAGAGGGCGUGGUCUAACAGCACACAUACAGAAUGUUCCUGCUCUCACCUCAGUAGUUUUGCAGUGCUGAUGUCACUCUACCCUGUCCAGGACACGUUUGAGUUGGUGCUGAUCACGCGUGUGGGUUUAGUUCUGUCUCUGCUGUGUUUAUUCCUCUGUAUCCUGACCUUCCGCUUCUGCCGCUCAAUCCAAGGCACCCGGAACAGCAUCCACCUCCAUCUGAGCGUCUGCCUCUUCAUCGCAGACCUCGUCUUCCUCUGCGGGAUCUCCAGCACUCACAAUCAGGUGGCGUGUGCGAUUGUGGCCGGUCUGCUCCACUUCUUCUUCUUGUCUGCGUUCUGCUGGAUGCUGCUGGAGGGGGUUCAGCUCUACCGGAUGGUUGUUCUGGUUUUUCACACCACAUUAAAACACCUGUACAUGUACGCGGUGGGAUACGGAGUCCCUCUAGUCAUCGUCUCCAUCUCUGCCAUCGCCUUCCCAAAGGGAUACGGCACAGACAGACACUGUUGGCUCUCUCUCAAAUAUGACUUCAUCUGGAGCUUCCUCGCGCCCGUCUGCCUCAUCAUCGGCCUCAACAGCUUGGUUUUUGUCAUCACCGUGUGGAAACUGGCUGAGAAAUUCUCCAGCCUCAACCCAGACCUCUCCAAACUCCGCACCAUCAGAGGCUUCACGGUGACGGCGGUGGCUCAGCUGUGUGUUCUGGGAGGCAUGUGGAUUUUCGGCAGUUUCCUCUUCUAUGAGAAAGUAACUCAGGUUGCGCUGUACCUCUUCGUCAUCCUCAACAGCCUGCAGGGGGCGCUGAUCUUCAUCAUGCACUGCCUGCUGUCUAGACAGGUCAGAGAGGAGUACUGCAAGCUCAUUACCAGGAUCUGCUCACUCAAGAAGAAGAAAUAUUCAGAAUUCAGCACCAGCAAUCACUCCAGUCAGCAGCCGCUCCGGAGCGAUCAGACCAGCGGAGAAUCAAAGAUAUAGAGCGUCCGUCCAGUCCUGGAGGAUCCUCACAGACAUCUGACUUCACUUCUGCAGCACACCAGGAGAUCUGCUUUCUGUCUCUGUCUGUCUGUCUGAUCAGUGGGGUUAUUAUUGCAGGUGUGGACUCGUCACUGGAGAACAAGAUGAAACAUAUCAGCUCAAAUAAUAAAGCAUGUAGGUCAGUCAGCGAAUGGGCUUUUAGACACUUUUGCUGCAUCAUAAUUUGCCUACUUAUACUGUCCUAAAACUAUAUACUAGGGAAAAUGUAUGUUCUUAUGAGUGUGUGAGAGCUUAGUUACAUGUCCUGUCAGUCAUCUUGUCAGAUCAUGCACAUUUCUUAUUUAACUCCCAGUCAUUUUGCAGACGAAGGUUAAUCUGCUAUUUGUGGGUCUGUUAUGCCGAGAAAUGUCCUCAGGUCUUUGUGUAAGUAUGCAUUUAAAAAUAACCGACCAAACGCACCUUUUAUAAAAGCCCACAAUGUUGUUGCAGAUAAACAUGACGCAGAAAACAUGAAUAUUUUCCAUUAAUUAUCAAUAUAAACAUCUUUACCUAAGCCUCUCGAUUUAACCAUCACUCUCACACAAUCACCAUGUUUGUAGUUCUUAAACAUUUGGUUUACCAGUGAUUGUAGUUCUAAUGCAAUUCAUAAUGUAUUUUAGGUGAUAUUAGCCGUUAGCAUGGAUUUAGCACUUUAAAUUUUUAUCCAACAUUGUAGACCAUCUGGGUAACUUUAAAAAACUCAGUUCAACAUCCUCUCAGAUUUGGGAUACAUCGACUCUAUACUCAGAUGCUAAUUAGGAUGUAUGAUAUGCAAAUUAGGAUGCAGUGUUUAGUUAUUUUGUUGUGUUUAAAAGGUGCACUAAGCAAUGCAUUCAGCAUAGUCGUGUUAGUUUAAUCGCAGGACAAUUGAGGCCAAUUUUGCAUAUUUGCGGCAAAUGUGCUGCACGUUUUGCGUCAUUCACUGAUUCGCCAGUCAGCAGUAAGGGGCGUUUCUAAUAAUGAUAGUGGAGGUAUGUUAAGUGGGCGUGGCUUGCUUGAUUAUGGCCGUGUUUGUGUUGGUGAAUUUAAAUAUCAACAUAUAAAGAGUCCCAAAACACUCCUGCAGCCAAUCAGCAGUAAGGGGCGUGUCUAGCAAUGACAGAGGAGAUUUAAAAGGGGGUGGGGCCUGUUAAAUUAUGGGCAUGUUUGUUUUAGAGCUUUCACAUAUCAACAUAUAGAGUUCCAAAAGACACCUACAGCCAAUCAGCAGUGAGGGGCGUGUCUAGUAAUGAUAGGAGAGAUAUGUAAAGUGGGCGUGUCCUCUUUGAUUAUGGGCAUGUUUGUUUUGGUGCUUUAAAAUAUCAACAUAUAGAGUCCUUAAACACAUCUACAGCCAAUCAACAGUAAGGGGCGUGUCUAGCCAUGAUAGUGAAGAUUUAAAAGGGGGGUGGGGCCUAUUUGAUUAUGGGCGCAUUGUUUUGAUGCUUUCAAAUAUCCACAUAUAGAGUCUCAAAACACACCUGCAGCCAAUCAGCAGUAAGGGGUGUGUCUAUUAAUGAUAGUGGAGAUAUGCGGGAAAAUGGGCGUGGCCUAUUUUGAUAUGGGCGUGUUUGUUUUGGUGGUUUCAAAGAUCAACAUAAUUGGGGAAGAUUGCCUUAGUGCACCUUUAAGUGUAGAAGAUGUUAGACUGAAUGUGAAUGGCAGCUUUUAUUUGCUUGUAUAAGAAACCGUUUGUAAAGAUUCUACAUGUAAAGCUAGUCUAUACUCUGCCUUAUGAAAUAUAUCAUGUCAUUUCUUUACCACAUUUGCACUUUGGCGCCACUCUGUCUUUAAGCUGUUGGGAAAAAUGAUAUAUUUAUAUGGUAAACAGGUGAGAGAGGUACUUUAGGUUAAUGAAGCUAUUAAAAAAGCAGGAAUAUUAGUGAAAAAGCCUGUUUUAACAGCAGAUUUUCUUAUUUAACUCUUAAUAAAACUACAACAAAGCAUCUGAGAAAAUUCCUGUUCUGGAGAAAAUUUAUCAGAAUUUUAUUAAAACUCCUUUUGCAAUGUUUUUUUUUAAUAUGAGCUUUCUGUUGUAUGUAUCAUUGUAAUAUUUGUAAGAAACGUUAGGUUUUCCUCAAUGAAUGAACUUUUUGUAUCUUCGUUAAUGAAUUUUGUGUGUCUUCUAGAGGAAGUGUUUUUGUACUUGAACAAGGGUCAUUUUUUGCCCUAAUGUGGUACUGCCAUCUAUUUUUCAGCAAAUAUUAAAUAUCUGCACAAAGACGC